CAAUAUGACAUCUAACACAGCUGAUCGGAAUAGUCCGCGUUUUGUUGAUCAAUUUGUAGUUUUCUUGCAUUUGUUUAAUAAAAUUAUUAACAAUGACGGCAGUUCCUCCACCUUCAAAUGUGUCUACUUUACUACCACUUGAAUUGGUGGAUAAAUGCAUUGGUUCACGCAUACACAUUAUCAUGAAGAAUGAUAAGGAGAUGGUUGGUACACUGUUGGGAUUUGAUGAUUUCGUCAAUAUGCUAUUAGAUGAUGUGACGGAAUAUGAAAAUACACCUGAAGGAAGGCGCAUAACCAAACUGGAUCAAAUACUCCUCAACGGAAAUAACAUAACAAUGUUGGUACCUGGCGGUGAUAUACCGGAAUGAUAUAUCUUGAAAUAUGAGAAAAUAAAGUAUAACUGUCUUUAGAAUUAAGAAUGAAUAAAUUUAAAAAUUAAACAAGUCUUGCCAUUGGCAUGGAAAUA